AUGUCAGGCCUCAAAGUCCUCGUGUCGGGCGCGUCCAUAGCGGGCCCAGCAACAGCAUACUGGCUCGCCAAAGCCGGCGCCCAAGUCACCGUUAUAGAACGCUUCCCAUCUCUACGAACAGGCGGACAAGCCGUCGACAUUCGCACCGCUGGCGUUGCAGUUAUGCGAAAAAUGCCUGGUUUCGAAGCUGCUAUAAGAGCAAAGUCGACGCAAGAGGAGGGCAUCAGUUUUGUUAAUUCGGAUGGAGAGCCGUACGGUGUUAUCAGGCCUACUGGGAAUCCCGACCAGCAGUCGCUCGUUUCUGAGUAUGAGAUUUUACGCGGUGACUUGUCCAAGAUUCUUUUCGAUAUCACUGAAAAGGAUAAAAAUGUCAAUUAUAUUUUUGAUGAGCAGAUUGCUUCCAUGAGCCAGAGCGAAAAGGUGGAUGGGCCUGUGACAGUCACUUUUGCGAAUGGCACAGCGACGUCGAAAUAUGAUCUGGUCAUUGCCUGCGAUGGAGCGACAUCCAGAACUCGCGCAUUGGGUUUUGGAGGUCAAGUUCGAGAUCCAAUUAUUUCUACCAACUGCUGGACAGCAUACUUCUCAACAUCCGAAGAUCUUCUCAAAGGAAGCAAAAUUGGGCAAGGAUACAGCGCUGUGGGAGGGCGCAACAUUAGCAUUGGCUCAGACGUCGCAGGCUUCAGUCGCGUUGUGCUCAUGUGCAUGAACCAAAGCCCCGAAUCAAUCCAGGCCUUCCGAAAAUCUCAAUCAGAAGGCGAAGUUCCACUAAAGAAGUACAUCGCUCAGCAUUACCAAGGCGUCGGUUGGAAAACAGACACCGCACUCCGACAAAUGAUGGACUCAACAGAUUUCUACGCCAGCGAAAUGGUUCAAGUCAAAACGCCCCAUCUUUACCGCGGUCGCUUCGUUUUAGUGGGCGACGCAGGCUACGCAGCAGGUCUUACAGGCGCUGGAACGAGUCUCGCCCUCGCUGGCGCUUAUGUCUUAGCGGGCGAGUUGAAGAAGCACGAUGGGGAUAUUUCUGCUGGUCUUCGCGGUUAUGAAGCGCAAAUUAGGCCGUUGAUUAACAAGAUGCAGCCAAUUCCGCCGCUGGUUACUACAAUUCUUGCACCGCAGACUGCGUGGGGGAUUUGGUUGAGGAAUAAUAUCUUUGGGUUUAUUGCGCAGUCGGGAUUGGUUGAGUUUGUGCAGAAGUUUCUUGGGGCUGGGUUUGGGAAUGCUAAAGAGUUUCCCAUCCCAGAGUAUGACUGGGAGGAUCAAUGCUAG